AUGUUUUUGAGACUGCAAUGUCGAAGAUUCAGCUUUACGUACCCUGUCCCUAAAUCGCUGAGGGAAGUUGCAAAGGUGCAGCUUUUGCAGCAGAGAGACCCAGAAACAAUAAAGCAACUAUGGAACGCACAAUUUGCGGAAAAGAGGGAAGUUGUGACAACUUCAAUGUCUGUCAAGGCGUAUGAAACGCUAAGCUUCAAUUCAAAGAGUGCUCCCAUGUUCAUUCUUCCAGUCAAGAGAGGAUCUGGCUCGUACUUUAAUGCGAUUCUACAGUUUGCGUCAAAGUCUGUGCUUUACACCUCUGUUGAUUCGUUCAAGGCCAAGGGGUUACCAAACUCUGAGCCAUAUUUUAUACUCACAUUUUUUGAUGAACUUGCACACAGAGAUGUUGUUUUAGUAAGGGGUGAUGUGAUAAACACCAGAGACGUUUCCAAGGAAAAUGCAAGAGCUCUCAUGGACAACACGAUCAUGUUUUACACUGACUUUAACCUGUUUCAGUGGGUCAAGACAUUUAAUAAGAGACCGCAAGAGUUUGACUAUGAAGAGUUUAAAAGGAAAUGCUCUAAACUUUUCGUCUAG